CCGGGCGGGCGGAUUUGAAAUUGCGACGGCGGUAACGGCAGGGCGGGGAGCGGCAGCGACACCGACACCUUCAUCCUCACUCACCCUCGUCCCGGGACAAGUGUCCGUGUGGCGGCGGUCUACUUGUUUAUUCCAAGCCUUUGGAAAAUCGUUGUGGCAUUUAGAAAAAAAAUACCCUUAGGUAUUAGAUUUUCUGAUACUGCUGGAAUACUGAGGGAUUGUGGAUUACAGCAGUCACAAUGAGGCGAAGCUCAAGUAUUGCUGGAAACAGCAGUCGACAAUCUAUGAUGGCACUGAGAGUGCAGGAUAACAACAAGAUGGGUCUUCAGACACCUCAGAUGAAGGACAGAAGCACCUUUGGGAAGCUGAGCAUGAGCAAACCUACAUCUGGAGCUUCAGAAAGAAAAGUUAGCUGUUUUGGGAACAGAGCAAGUGGGGCUGGAGGGUCACGCAGCAGCCAGUACGGUGUGUUUGGGACAGAAAAGAUAAAGGAUCCCAGGCCCCUUCAUGACAAGGCAUUCAUCCAGCAAUGUAUCAAGAAGCUUUGUGAGUUCCUUGCUGAGAAUGCUUAUGCCCACAAUGUUUCCAUGAAAUCACUACAAUCUCCAUCAGUUAAGGACUUUUUAAAGAUCUUCACCUUUAUCUAUAAAUUCCUCUGUCCUUCUUAUGAACUGCCUGACUCAAAAUUUGAAGAGGAGAUUCCCAAAGUUUUUAAAGACCUUGGGUACCCCUUUGCUCUGUCAAAAAGCUCCAUGUACACUGUGGGAGCCCCGCACACCUGGCCUCAGAUUGUGGCAGCUUUGGUUUGGUUAAUUGAUUGUGUCAAGCUGUACAAUGCUAUCAGGGAAAACGCACCAUCCUUCGAUGACAGACAGAGCUGGGGAGGAGAGACAGAUGAUGGAAUUGUACAUAAUAAGCUUUUCAUGGACUACUGUGUGAAGUGCUAUGAUCUUUUCAUGAAAGGGAGAGAUACCUUUGAAGAGUUGGAUGCUGAAGUGCAGUCAAAAUUAAAGGAUUUAUUUAAUAUAGAUCCAUUCCAGAUGGAAAGUUUAGCAGCUGAAAACAAAAGGCUUCAAGAAGAGAUUGCAAGACUAGAAAAAGAAAAGGAAAGUGAGCCGGAUCGUAGAGUAACGCUACGAAACGUGAAGUCAUCUCUUCAAGCAGACGUCCAGAAAUACCAGGCUUAUUUGGCUAAUCUGGAAUCUCAUAUAGCCAUCCUUGAUCAAAAACUGGAAAGUGUCAAUGAUGAAGUUGAGACAGCAGAAAUGGAAGUAGAAGCAAUGAAGCAGGAGAAUGCCCGGCUCCGGCACAUCUUAGAUAACCAAAAGUACUCAGCUGCGGACAUUGAGAGAAUAAAUCACGAGAGAAAUGAGCUGCAGCAAACCAUUAACAAGCUGACUAAAGAACUGGAAGCAGAAGAACAUCAGCUGUGGAAUGAAGAGCUAAAAUAUGCUAGGAAUAAAGAGGCGAUCGAAAUGCAAUUGGCAGAGUAUCAUAAACUGGCUCGAAAGCUGAAAUUAAUUCCAGUAAGUGCUGAGAAUUCCAAAGGCCAUGACUUUGAGAUUCAGUUUAAUCCUGAGGCGGGACCAAAUUGCCUAGUCAAAUACAGAACACAGAUCAAGGCUCCCCUCAUGAAGAUCAUCAAUGAGACUGAGGAAGAAAUUCGUGAAGCUACUCAACGGAAGAUGAGUUUGGAAGAUACUUUGGAACAGGUGAAUGUAAUGCUAGAGGACAAGAAACGCAGUGUGAAAAUGCUGACAGAAGAAGCUGAAAAGCUGGAUGAUCUUAAUCAGCAGAAGCUUAAGGAGAUAGAAGAGGAAGAGCAGAAAUGUGCAAAUGAACUAGAAUCGUUAAAGAAGCACAAACAGUUACUUGAGAGUGGGGUCUAUGAAGGUCUCAGUGAAGCCACAAAUGAAUUGCAUGAUCUCCAAAGACAGUAUCAAGUCGUUUUGCAAACAACAACAGAAGAGAAGAGAAAAAUUGGUGCUAACUUGAGUCGUCUUGUAGAAACAGUUGCUACUCAUAUAGCAUCUAUAGUGAAAUACCUUGAUGAACAGAAUGUAAGAAUUUACAGAGAUGAUGAAGAAUUCAUGCCCGAAGAUCUACUGUCAGACUUGACCAACAUUCUAGACACUUAUAAAAAGAAGGCUGAAAGUAUCUAAUCACUAGAAAUGUGAAGAUAAAAACAUUGCAUUUCUGAAGCUCUAGUAUGGUGCCUUCUAAAUGGAUGGGUACUUAGCUGUGUUUAGCACUGAAACUGGUUUUAAGUGGAAGGAAGUAGUUAUGAACAUUCUUUGUUUUGUUGACACAAAUACAUUUAAGAAUUAAACAACAUAUUUGCAUUUUCUUUAAAAAUGCUUUGCUCAGACUUUGUACUUUCAAUAGCAUAUGUAUGCGUUUAGGGCACACAUAUCACAGACAGUUCACAUCCUUCCCCAAGCCUUAUUUUGCUAGCAAGACUAAAUGCAAAUGUCUGUCUCCUGCUUGUUCAGUCACCUAUGAAACUGCACAGAGAGACCUCUUACAUGAGUGAAAAAUCAAAACCUGUUUUGAAAAGAUUAGUCAUUACACAGUAGUCUUGUAAAUAAUCUAGAAAAAGAAACACAGUAGUUUGAAAACCAAGCUUUGUCUUUAGCUGCUCAUACUCCCAGAUGAAACUUCACUGAACUUCUUGAAUAUGUGUACCAAAGAAAGCUCUAAAUAGGACAUCAUAUGAAUUCUGGCGGUAUAUCUAAUCUAUUUGUAGGUUUGGUGCAUGUUAGAUACAUCAAAAUGGUCUAAAAUGUCUGUAUUCUUCUGUGUUCUUCUUGUUAGCCAGUUGGACUUUCCUCGGGAAAGUAGCAGUAGAAUUACUGUGUAGGCAGCUCUGGUCCAAAUACUUUGAAGAAAGUGGAUUGAUGCUAUAUGAAAGUAGUAAAUUUUUAUCUAUUCUGUGUAUAAUUUUGUUGUAGAAAAUAAAUAAAUAAAACCCGGCAUCCAUA